GGCUAAACCUAAUUUCUAGUAAGCAGGAUUAAUGGAUUUGAUUCAAUGAAUGAAGUCAGCAAGCACAAUAUUAUCAGUGCUUUUGCAGAAGUGGUUGGUGAUGUAAUGUUAAAUCAUACUUGUGACAACAGAAACUCUGAUUUCACGUGGUUAGACAGCAGCAUCCAGUAACUCAAACGAGUUAUUUUAAAGGAUCGCAGAUGUAUUCCUUGCUCUUGUAGAACAAGAAAUGAAGUUAUUGUGAAAGGACAGCUGCGUUCUACAGGACACUGCUUAGUAGCAGAGCUUCUUCAGCUGCGGAGAAAAAUUAGUCCAAGGAAUUUCAUGAGAAUAAAGCUGAAGAGAACAGGAAGGAAGCCACAGAAGACAAAUGGAAUGUAAAGGAGAUACAAUCCUGUGCAAGUCAUGAACAACAAAGGACAGACUUGGGUUGAAGGAAAACUUUCUUUGGACUUAACAGUUAUCAGAAUUGCUAUCUAUGGAUUCAGGUGCUGUGCCUCUGAUCUAAUAUGUUAUGGAGUAAACAGGGUUAUAAACUACAUGAUACAUCACUCAUUAGGCGACUUCUCAUGACUCUAAAGACUACUACUAUAUGUCAGACAUUCUUCCUAUAUGGAUCAGCCAUCUAGUGAUGGUGAAACUGGAAGAAGACCACUCUAAGGAAACCCAGGAUGAAUCGGGUGCCAGGUGAUGCAGAAAAUGCUCACAGUAGCAGCGUGGAAUCCUGUCCUCCCUUGCGGGAUGUCCCCUCCAUCAACUCAACGCAUCUGAUGGCAAGGAUUGAGUCAUAUGAAGGCAGAGAGAAGAAAGGCAUAUCAGAUGUCAGGAGGACUUUCUGUCUGUUUGUUACAUUUGAUCUCUUAUUCAUAACCUUGCUGUGGAUAAUAGAAUUAAAUGUAAAAGGAGGCAUUGAGACUACCUUAGAGAAAGAAGUCCUACAAUAUGACUACUCUUCUUCAUAUUUUGAUAUAUUUCUACUGGCAGUCUUUCGAUUUAAGGUGUUAAUACUUGCAUAUGCAAUGUGCAGACUGCGCCAUUGGUGGGCAAUAGCUUUUACAACAGCAGUGACCAGUGCCUUUUUAUUAGCAAAAGUAAUUAUUUCCCAGCUGUUCUCACAGGGUGCUUUUGGCUACGUGCUACCCAUCAUAUCCUUCAUACUGGCCUGGAUUGAAACUUGGUUCUUGGACUUUAAAGUGUUACCACAAGAAGCUGAAGAAGAGAACAGAUUUUUGAUAGCACAGGAUGCUUCUGAACGAGCAGCUCUUCUUCACCCAGGAGUCCUCUCUGAUGGGCAGUUCUAUUCUCCUCCUGAAUCUGUAGCAGGAUCUGAUGAAGACUCUGAAGAAAAACAAGACAGUGAAAAACCAGUUGUAUAGCAAAUAUGAAAAAUCAGGAAGAAAAUCUCUGAGGAAAGUUCUUGAGGUUUGGAAACUGGCAAGAGAGUCUGUGGCAGACUUGCUGGUGGAGCUGCUGAUGGGAGAAUUUGUCCAUUGGAAAGCAAAGGGAAUAGUUCCCAUGUACUGUAAUACCUCACGAUGAUGUUCCUUGUUGACAUAUGUAUAUUAGGUUGCCUCCAAGAUGGUAUGAAAAUAUUUGUCCAUGAUGUAUUAUUAUUCAGUGAUUCCUGAAGUUGAUCUUCUCAUGGCUAGGUAAUUACUGAAAAGUGUUGUCUUGUGUACCUAAUCGAGAGACUGGUAAUAUAAUGAAGUAAAACUUCUCCACAGUGGAAGUAUAUUUAAUGAUUGUUGGGACUUGCUAGGUAAAAUUAUUUUAUGUUAUUGCAAAUUUGUCAUUAGUUUUGUGUUUACUUUUUUUAACUCCAUGCAUUUUCUUUUUUAAUGGAUAUGUUCACUUUCUAAAAUAAAAAUGUUAAAACAUGGGUGAUA